AUGGGAAAAGAAGACUUUAUCCGACAAAUUGAGAACUCCGAUGAGUUCAAACUCCUCGAUAGAGUAAUCAAGGAAGAGGCUACAGUGCAAGAUGGCGUUCAAAACAUUGUCAACGUGACCAUGAGUGCAUUAGCGACUCAUGGCCCAAACAACAUGAACAAAAUCGGUCUCGCGGAUUACAAUAUCUCCCCUUGCGACAAUGGAACUCGCGCAGCGCCUUGA